AUGAAUUGAGAUAGAGGGAGGGGUCAGCUGUAUUGACAAAUAAGAAUUAGUCGACAGAUGUUUUUACGAUGCAAGAUAUAUUCUCUAAAACACAUCACCACAUCAUCAUUAACUUUAUACCGGGGGCAUCGAAAUAUCUCAGGAAUGGCAAGAAAUUGGUGAUAUCUCAUAUAGGCUGAAGCCCAUUAAGACAUCUGAGUUUUUAUUUUUUCUCUCUUUUUCAUUGGCUCAUUACUGUGCGCAGGGAGUCGGUGUGUGGGCUCUGUACUUACGCAACAGGGAGCUUCACUCGGCAGCGGGUUCGCGAGGCAAGGACGAAAUUAAAGCAGGCAUUUUUGUAUUCCAUUUUUGUCUAAUCCCACUGAUUUCUGAAGGGAUUACCGGACCAAUCAUGAUUGAGAGACCGCUGGCUCGCCUGACACUGCCUCUGUGGGAGCUGGGAGCUGUGUAGACAGUUGAGUGGAAGCAGAACAUUAGGGUUUGGAGAAAUCUCUGGAGAUAUCUGCGAAAUCUUACUUGGUUUCCCUUUUUGUCAUCCGGAGGGGAAAGUUGUUCCGUCUUUUCGCUUAUGAUGCCAACCGACCUGAGGCUGCGCGUUGCGAUUUCAGCACGUUUGGCGCAUGUUUUAGUGAGGAUGGUAACUUGAAUUUAUGCAGUGGCACUAGAAUUUAAAUGGCAACUUUCUCAUGGUGGUCAGCGUUGGAAUUCUAUUUUAAAGGACACCAUCUUCACUAAAUAGCCUAUCCUGUCCAGGAUCUGUCUGGAUUUCUUUGUGCAUGUCCAGCCAAUGGAGGAAGAGAAGGUGGUUGAUAAUGUCCAAGCAAAAUCCACUUCCCCCGUACCCACUGGGCUUCCCAUUAAUUGGGGGCUCAUCACUGGCCCUGUCCCUCAGCCUGUUUUCCCUGCACCUUCAUUGAGCACCCAACUUCCUCCUCCUCAGAGUUCAGCUGUGCACGCACUGCAGACCAAGGUGAAAACACUAACACAGAGAAGGACAAGAGGGAGAGACCGAGAGAAGGAAAGAGAAAGGUUGGACGCAGACAUCCUGGUGAGCAGUCCCACAGGUCAGCUUUCAUCUGAGGUCUUUUUGAGACAGAGACCCAGAGGAAAGGGUCCAGUAUCUCUGCCUGCUCUCUCCUGGCGAUCAGGCGCUGCAAAGAACUUGAGCAGUAGUGAUGAAGAGGAGGAAGUAGAGGUUCAAGUCAGGUUGGAGAUCCACAGCCCUCCAGCUGAGGCACAAAGGGAACAGGUGUUUCAGGUGGAAGAGGAAACUGAAGAAGAGAGGCCAGAAAGAAUUGAAGGGCAGGUCAGUUUUCUGACAGGCCAGUCUUGUGGGCUCAGGGAAGGGACCAGUCUAGAGAGUCUUUUGUCUGACAACUCAAGCAGUAGUAAGGAUGACCCAUCCCCUCUUCCUCCACUACCUGUGCUCUCCUGUUCUCCCACCCACUCUGUUCCCACAACAUCCUCUUCUUCCUCCACAUCUACCACGUCAACCAGACACUGGGCACCACCCAAGGGAUUUUGGAGAGUGGCGCGCCCAGAAACACUGCUUCUAAAUGGUGUUGGCCCUCACAACAUACCCUCCACAUUACCUUUGAAGGACUAUACUCAGACAGAAGCACUGGCGGAGCCUCAGAAGAAACCAGCUGAAACGGGCACCAGGAGCAAUGUAGGAGGAGUGGGGGAUGACAGCGAUGCAUCGUCCGGAUUCAAGCACUCUGACAGUGUGGAGCGCUACCUGGACAGGUGUGAGGAGAAAGAGACAGAUGCUGAUGACCCUGCCAAAGGACUGUGCAGUUCAGACAGCUGGGAGAGCGUGUCUUCACAAAGUGGGGCGCCCUCAGCUGAUGAGAAGCUGAAGGUGAAGCAGAGGGCUUAUGCAAAGUUAAGGGAAAGACAAAACUGCAGGGAGGAGAGAGAGCAGAGCGGAGGAGAAAGUGCCUGCUGUUAUGGAGACACAACAUGCAAAAUGGAUAGUAAUGUCGCAGGUGCCCAUGGGGUUUUGGACAGCUCAGACUCAGUCAUUCUUGCUCAGGAACUUGAACCCUAUUUGAGGUCACUUCUUGUAAUCAGUGAUGAGCUUCCUCUGAGCCCAAGACAUGAGCAAGCCAAACGUCUCCUGGAGCGAGCACGACUCAAGGCUCGCUCCAGUCACAUUAAAGGCGAUCGCCCCUGCAGACGCUCCCAUUCUGAUCAGAGAGCCACUGUGAAGAAGCAGCAAAUUGAAUCUCCCAGACAAACGCCAGAGCAGAAAGCCACUCAAACCAAAGAAGAUCUUACAGCUCAAACUGUAUCUGGUCCCCUCCUCGUCCCAACUCCAAGAGACACUUCCCCUUGUGACCAAGGUGGACGAUCGAGACGGUACGGUUGUUCACCCACACGGGUGCGCUUUGAGGACGAAUCAGAGAAAGAAGCAGAGUCUCGGUACUUGGAUAGGGUCAGGCAGCGUGGCAGGCCCGGGGUCCCUAAGUCCAAAAGUAAUAGUAACAGUAACAGUAAUACAGAUUCUAGCAGCAGUGGUUCAGAGAGGAGCAGAAGCCACAGAAGUGUCUCUACGCCUCCCUCACAGAAGCAAGAAGCUGUCAGUGGUGAAACCACCACAGUGAUUAAAGAGAUAAUAGUGCUGGUGAAGAAAUGUGAGGCAUGUGGCUCUGUAGUCAGGGAACCUCAGCUGGUCUUAUCACAGUCAGAUGCACAGAACACUGAACCACAGCAGCCUGGCAACCCAGAGGACCCACGGGGAAAACUGGUUCCCCGCUGGGUGCCUCCAAACAAGCCGGAGGUGAGUACUCGUCCUAAAGCUCCUCUAACUGUCACCUUUGCUGGAGCUUAUGUGCUGGGGGAAAAUAAAGAGAGUAGCACAGGUUGGAAGUCAUCAGGGUUUGGAAAACUAAGGAGAAGGAGCAGGAAAGGAGAAAGUCGGCUUGAGUCUGGUCAUGGCCCUUAUGGUCCAUCAUGGGCUCAGCGGCGUAACUCAAAUCCAAGGAACAGGGUCAACUUGAGCAGAGCUGUUUCAUUUGCACCCGGCAGCCCCAUUGAUCUCGAACCAUGUUUGCUGGAGGCAUCUGGUGGACUCAGGGAAUCACCAACCCCAUCGCUUCCAAUAAAGUCAGCCCUAAAGUCAAGCUCAAGGAAUCGCUCUGCUGCCGGUCAGUCCACAGUUCAGUUCCAGAUGACCUCGAAUCAGGGAGGAGAGGGCGGGUCUCAGCAUUUAGCCCUCCUGGACUCUCCAGAAGCAAGAAGGGAGUCCCCAGUGUCUUUAACCCAAGGGACAUCCUCAACAAUCAGCCCAGUGCCCUGUAUCAGGCCCUCCACUUUGAGGUACUCCCCGGCCCGACUCACCCCAGACCUGCCGGCUGCUGAGCUCUGGGAUGCCACACCAGAUGGAACAGCAGGAUUAAGUGCAGACCCCGGUUCUGGUCCUGAGUGUCGUCCAGCUCUGCGAGGCCUGGCUAUGUCUCGGGCCGAGGACCUCAGAGCUGAGCUGCUGAGAGCAGAACAUCUGAAAGCUGAGGCCAUAUGGGAGGAAAACUCUGACGGGUCCAGAAAGCUGGAUGGACGGCCAAAGCUCUUCCUGCGUCGCUUCUUUUCCUCCAUAGGUCUGAAUAGUGUCGGUAGACUUGUUAAAGGAGGCCGCUCCAGCAGCAUGGAACAGCUCAGUAUCCCCACUCCCCCCCGGGCCAGCUCUGCUUCCCCAAGUCCCACACGCAGGCCACAGCCUACCAUCCGCAUACAGAGGACACCCUCACUGCAGACCCUGAACACAGUGCUGCCACUGGCCCAACUGCGCAAAGCGUCCUCAGUGCAGAGUUUAGAGAGACGAACAGAGCGUUCAACAAUACUGGGAGAGGUGCACAUACCAUACGGCCUGGCACCCAGCCCUGACAGCCCUCAGCUUGAGCUCCACAGGGCCCUGAGUGAUGACGACGUUCUUGCCUCCAGAAUAGUGCGCCCAGUGGGCCGGGUCACCCAGGCUUUCCCUGAUGGGACCCUCCUCCUGGAGCUCAUCAGACCCCCGAAUGGUCCUUUCGGUUUUGUCAUUUCGAGAGGCAAAGGUCGACCAGACACAGGUGUAUACGUGGAGAAAGUGGGUGAUGGUAGUGGUGAAGGGCCCUUUGUAGGUCUCCUGGGCAUCGGCGAUGAAAUUCUGCAGGUGAAUGGAGAGCCAGUGGCUGGACUCAGUCUGGACCAGGUGACGCGGCUCAUGACCCGGGAAAGCACCACUUCUCUUCGGAUCAUGCCGGCGCGACGGAACCAGCGCUGACUGGAAAAACAGACGUGGCACGGAGCCAUUUUUCUCCUGGGGCCGUGGUUUAUAAUUCAACACUGCAAAUACUGCUGAUGGACUGUAACCUAUAGGUAGAUGUAAGAUAGUCAGUGCAGUCUCACAUAGCAGAAUGGCUACAUGGGAUAACAGGAUUAGAAGUUCACUUUCUAUUAGUGCAAACCCAUGUUCAACAAUAAUAUGACGCUGCAAGAGAUUUGGACUACCAUGUCAAAUCAAUAAAAUAAGCAAAUAAAUCUGAAACCAAACAAAGCCAGUAGCAGAGAGGACUAAGUUAGUUAUUAACUGAUUUCAGGGAAUAUAUUGUGAUCUAAUAAUACUGAUUCAAACCCAGCACAACUUGUCUCUGUGUACAAAGUUUGGUUUAUAUGGUCAGAUAGGGAUAAACCUAAACUUCCACUUUUAUUUUCUUGUGAUUUAUUUUGCUCCUUACAGCACACAGAAUAUGACACUCCAAAUGCUUAGUGAGCGAAACUAUAUUUUGUCACGUUCCAGAUGUCGUACAAUUCUGUUUCCAUUAAUCUUGUUGAUUAUUUCAUAUGAUUGACAUGUGUAAGGAUGUUUCACAGAUGUUAUUUUGGCCUAUGAGGCCCUCAAACUAAAGAGGCUAUCUCAUACAUUGGUAUACAUGGGUGCCCUCCACUGUAAUGAAACUGCCUCAAAAAAUGAUGUCUAAACAAACUAGCUAAGGAUUAUCUCUUCCCCCCCCCCGUAGAUCAUAUUUCUCUGAUGCACUGCAUGGUCACUUCAUUUUACUUGUGCUGUAUCAUCUAGUGCUUCAUGGCAUUGAUACUGGUUUGCUUCUAAAUAAAAAUGUUUUAUUUUGCCAAAC